AGUGGCCAUCUUAUAUAAAUAACACGUGGAUUGGACUGAUAACACCCAUUUGACCCGGCCCAUAAAAGGGAAGAGGUUUAUCUGUAUACUGCCAACAUUUUUAGGGUUUUAGACAAUCUUCAGGUUCCUUCUUCACCAAUAUUUCCAGGGCAAAAAGCAGAGUACAAAGUCUAGGUUAAUUCCUUCUGUGAAGAUGGCUGGACUUCCAGGAUACAACGCCCUUGCCCCCAAGACUAAGAACUUGGUUAUGGCUGGAGGUUUGACAGGAUUUGUUUUUGGUGUGUACUACUACACUAUGAGAGCUGUUGGUGGCUCAGAUGAACUUCAAGUGGCCAUUGAUAAGUUUGAAGACGCAAAACGCAGCAGUGAGGCUGAAGCAAGUUUGGCACCUAAACCGUGAUUGUGUCCUAUAAAUGAAGUAACACUGGAAUUAGGAAAGAAGUAUGGGAUGAUUUUGGAGCAGUAGAACCGGACUUCGAUCAUCUUAUGACUGUUGAAUAACUUGUCCAGUUCCUCAUGCUCUACGAAUAUGUAUACUUUGCUGUAAAGAUAUCAGGAUAUUGCACCCUUCUUUUAGCUUUCAUGUUGAGAUAAAUUCUCUUUCUUGAAUUUCAGUGUCUACAGUUUAUACAUUCAGCAUGUUUAUUUUAGGUUUUAUAGUAUCUCUCCAGUUAGUAUU